CCUGACAACGACCAUGAUCUGACGCGUCUGUGAGAGGAUGAUGAAUCAAGAACGACGUGCGAGCGCUCCUGCGCCGCAAUCUGACAUCCAAGGGGCCCCGCCUCCUCUCCCAUCCAUCUCGAUGGUGCCUGACGCCGGCAGGCUGCCGCAGCUCAACGUCAUCCCCAUCCCAUCAGCCGCAGGCGGAGGCGGACAGGCAGGCACGCCGUCCACAGGCACACCCCUGCUGCCGCCACACAGUGUCACGCAGCAGCCGCAGCACGGGUUUGGCCAUCCGGCAGGCAGCGCUCACCACGCGCAUCGGCACUUCUCGGCGAGCGGUUUGUCAACGACGGUUGCGAAUCGGCGUGUGGUCGACUCCAUAGAGUCGCUGAUCCGGGAGUUCGAGGCCAAGAACACGCGCAUCCCGUGGUCGGUGCGGUGGAGCUUCUUCCUGACGUUUGACGGGCUUGUUAUCACCGCCUGUGUGCUCAUCCUCCUGGGGCUGUACUGCACCGCACCCAAAAGUGAGAGGCAGGGGAUGGCUGGAUGGCUUGAUGGAUGGAUGGAUGUCCCCUGUGUGUCUGUCUGUCUGAGUGCCUGCAGGUCUGCUGAUAGUGGAGGUGCUGCUGCUGCUGCCCUUCAUCGCGGCCAAUGUGUGGAUCAACUACCGCGCGCAACGCAUUGAGGUAGGUGAGCAGGACAAACGAGCAAAAUGAUUUACUCACCGCAUCUCCUUCUCUGUGUGUCAGCAAAUCCGGGCGCUAGCCAAAGUGAAGGAGUCUUUGGAGACCUUCAUCGGCACUGAGGGCGCGUUCUCGUCGAUGAUCAGCAACGACUUUUCGUUCAGCGACCCGCCGUCGUCAUCGAUGGUGUCGGUGCUGAGGGACAACGAGUGGCGACGAAUGCCCUACAACAUGGUUGGUCCCCCCCCCGCACAUGCCCCUGGGGAGGGGAGGGCUGGUACGGGCGUGUAUCACAUCACCCUUCCUGUCUGGCUGUCAUCGAUCGAUCAGGUGGUUGAAGGCGACGUGUUCAAACUCCGUGCCGGGGAGUUCUUCCCGACGGACGCCAUCCUGCUGGAGGCCAAACACCGCCACCCCAACACCUCACCACACGCCCACCCCCAUUCGUCCGCUGCCACCCCUCCGCCAUUCCCAUCGGCCGCGCGGGCACAGCAGGCUGCCCAAGCCACACAUCAUGCAACAGACAUUGGUAUGGUAAGAACCAGUGUCCUCUCCUCCCUUGAUAGGAUAUCUAUCGUUGCCUGCCAUGUCGCUUGUAUGUCUUGUGCCUGUCUGUCUGUGGUCGCUGGCUGCAGUGCUCACUCCAAGCAGCCUUCGGUACGAGUCGGGUCGGCGCUUCCUGCCCACCUCUCUGUCGUCUCAGCACCCCACACCCUCCUCCACCAAGUCCGUCAUCCACUUACACCCCCACCCACACCCACACUCUCGUGCAUGUGGCGACAAUGUUGACAACACCAGCCCGACCGAAGACCCGUCAGUCUUCGGCAUCUCUGUGGCGUCGCCCGCACAUAGGGAGCAUCACCAUGGCGGGGGCGGCGGUGAGGGGAGGGGCGCGAGCAUGCAGGUGCCGCCGUCGCUGGUGCAGGCCUCCUUCCUCGCCACGUCCACCGCGUGUCUGCAACAAGUGCGGACCUUCCUAGAGGUCAGCGCAACGCACAUACACACACGCAUCUUCAGCGCUUCCGUGGACCCGUGUGUGCGUGUGUGUGUGUGUGUGUGUGCAGACGUCCUUAAAGAUCAAGAGCAGCCUGACCCGCGCGCGCAGUCCCUUUGACUCGUUGCAGUCAGGUGGCGAGGACAGCAGCGGCACCCGGCAGCCAUCGGCCACUACGUUCUUCGAGAUCGCCUUCUUGGUGCGGCGGAAGCUCAUGUGGAUCUGGGGGGCGGCCAUGAUCAUCACCGUCGCGUCGACCGUCUUCUGGUCUGUGAGAGAGAAACCACACGCGAAUCAACCAACGUGCCUGGUGUGGUUGUGUUGUGUGUGCAGGGAGGUGUGGAGUGGGCUGAAGGACCAGGUGGUGCCGUCUCAGAUGCGCCGGGACCGGUGGCUGCUGCCCGUCAGACUCUCGCUGUGUUUCAUGCCGCUCGUGCACAGGUCAGUCAGUCAGAGUCACCCCCACAUGUCACGUCACUCGGAUGUGCGCAGCGCCUGUCAGUCAUGUGUGGGCGGUUGCCUGGCUGGCCUGCAGGAUAUUGCUGCAGAUCACUGACGUGUGGGGCAACGCCCGCCUGCAAUCCCUUUUCCAGUGGAUUCGGGUACCCCACCCCCUCGCCACACACCGCCCACCACCCAUCCACACCAUCCACACCAUGUGUGUGUCGAUAUAUCAGGAGGACCAGGUGCACCGGCAGCAGCCCGCCAACCACCAGCUGGGUGUCCGCACCACAUCCACCUCCAAGAAGCUGCAGUGGCGCACCUCCUCCCUCUACGGCGCCGUGACGAAAGCCCUCGACUCCGUACCAGGCGCGCGCUCCGUCAAGUGGGCGGCGGCGAAUGUGCGUGGCCGCGUGUGGAGGUGGUGGCUUCGCGCGGGCACCAGGGUGGUGCCUAAUGCAACGCUCACUGGACUGCGGUCACAGGCGUCGAGUGCGGCUGUGUCGGAAGAUGAUGAGUCGGUACGUUUGUCGCUCGCACGUGUGUGUGGGUGCAAUGGCAUGUGUGUGUGUGUGUGUGGUCAGGAGGCGUCAUCGUCGAGUCAGUUUUCGGCGUCCAACGUUCCUCUGUCCAAGCAGUUCCGCGAGCUGCUCGACAUCCUCCGCCACGGACUCGACGGCGCGUCCAACCUCCUGCACACGCUCAACUCUACCACCGUCCUGUGCUUCUGCGACAAAGAGGUCUGUCUGCCAGGCGGCAGAACGCCUGUGCGUUUCAACAGAGGUGGAUGGGAUGGACGGUUGUGGUUGGUGUUGGUGUUGGUGUGUGCAGGGUUUGCUGACGGACACGUGUCGGACGAUCCAGGAGAUCUGCAUCUGUGCCACGCCAUCAGCGACGGUGCGGCACUCCCUCUCCGCGCCGCAGAUCUCCUCUGCCGCCCCACCCAUCCCCGCCAGAGACAUCACAUCCGCAAUGGCCAUUGGCAAUGUACGCAACGGUCGACCCUCACACACAAGAGGGAGGGACGUCGAAUCAUACCCGGUGUGUGUGUGUGUGUGUGUUCUCAGGACUACCCCCCCAGUUUGCUCGGCACCCCCUCUCUCAGCCACGUGCACGCCCCCGCGCUGCUCGAGCUCACCAUCCCCCCGGACCCCUCCGUCUCGCCCUCACGGCGGGAGCCCUCUCCAUCCGUCAUCGCGCAGCGGUCCGCAUCAGACGAGUGCUUCGUCCAUCCGCCAUACUCCUCACACGCCUCACCGGCCACCACCACCAACGAGCAUCACGCAGCAGCAGCAGCAGCGGCAGGCAGCCCCACACAGAUGAGCAGCAUGUCGGCGGCACACCUCAAGGGGCUGCCAGCGGUCAACGGCGGAGGGGUGGGUGUGGGUGUGAAUAUGGGGCCGCUGAGUGGUCACACGGGUGCGGCCACCACCAGCCCUGUUGGUGUGACUGGGGCGAGCACGCCGAGAGGGACGGAUGUGCUGCACGUGCCGGCACUGCCCGAGGGGAUCGGUGGCAUACGCCCGGUGGUUGGGUAAGUUGGGUGGCUUGUUGGUCAACUGGCAUGCUACUAUGGGGUCUGCUCUGGUCCCGCAAUUGAUAUGAUGCGUGUCUGUAUGUCUGUCGUUCUGUAUGUCUGGUCGGUGUCUGUCUGUCUGUCUGUCUGCUUGGCCGCAGAGAGAAGGUGGUGCUGGAUAUCCAGGUGGACUCGUUGAGCAGCGAGGGCCUGCGGUUCGAGGAGAUGACGUGGCGGACCCACCUGGCCACUCUCACUCCUCUCGCGCUCGCCAUGAAUCUCUGGAAGAACCUCAUCUCACAACCAUCCAAGUGAGUGACGUCGGGAGAAUUUGCCCAUUGAUUCACUCACACACACGCCAUGCACCCCACACACACGCUCCCUCCCUCCCUCCCUCCCUCCUCUCUCUGUGUGUGCAGGUCCACUGCAGGAGUGUUUCUGCACAGCGUCUGUUGCAGCGACAUCUUCCGGGGCGACACGCGCUCCACUGCCCCCUGCUUCGUUGAGGGCGCCUCCUUCGCCCCCCUCCCCCUCCCCGUCCCGGACCGCCCGGACCGCACCACCACCACCAUGACCAUGACGCCCCAUUCACUGCCCCAGCCCCACCUCCCACACUCGGCAUCCAACCCCAGCCUCACCAACCCCCCGACCCAGCCACAGCCACCCCAGACCCAGGCGGCCAAAGCCUUGCAGCGGGCGUAUUGGGUCAAAGUGGAGAGCUCUAGCGGCUCCAUGGACAUGGACUGCCUCAGAGAAGAGACUGAGCAGGUGGUCCCGUCGGCGGCUGACACUGCUGGUGCUGGUGCUGGUGUUGGUGUUGGUGCUGUGCCUGGGGUGUCAUCGUCGAGCCCGGCAGCAGAUGGGCAGGGGCGAUUGCGAAGGCGUCCGUGGCGUGUUGCUGGUGGGAGAGGGGGUGGUGUGCACAAGUGUGGUGUGGGUGGGCUGGGCUACAGCGGCGGGGAGGGUGGAGAGGGGGCAAGUGUGAGUAUCCACCCUGCCACGGACGUGCUGCAGGACUGCCUCUGUCCUGUGUCGCGACUCAUCGGCGUGCCGGAGAAAGCUGUCCAGGCAUUCAGGCCACUCAGGUCACACACCUGACACACCACACCCUUCACAGCAUGACAGACGAGAUAGAUGAGACCCGAACCCUUGUUUGUGACCUCAGCUUCGUUCUGGCCGUGGAGUCCUACCCUCUUCCAUCAGAGGACCUGCCCUCUGCGCACCAGGCGCCCCCGAACCCCCAGAUUUCGCCACCGCUGCACCACCCAAUCGACAUCAACCCGCCCGUUCCCGUCUCGUUCCCAUCUCCAUCCCCACUGCCAUCCCCGCUACCCGAACAGUGUGUGUCACCCACUGCCGCAGCAGCAGCAGCAGCAGCAGCAGCAGAGACCCAGCCGUCAAUGCUCCGCUCCAUCUCAGCCAAGCACACCAUCGACGACAGCCCCCUGAUCCGUACGAGCCUUGACGCAUGGGAGUCGGCGACGGAGAAAGAUGACGAGAUCGAGGAAGAGGAGAGAGGUGACGAGGUGGCAGAUGCUGCCGAGCCGGAGGAGAGGCGUGAUGAGAGGGAGAGGGAGAGGGAGAGGGAUGUGAGCGGCAGUAGUGGUGGUGGUGCUGGUGGCCAGAAGGGCAGUGAGGAGGGCAUCCCGUCUGGCAAGAGCGGGGCGGUUUACUGGGUGGACCAGCCCACCUGUAUCUGGCUCGUCCAGGACCCUCGAGACGGCUCUCUCCAACUCUUCUGCAAAGUCAUCAGUGAACCAACACCACCCUGCGCCAAGCUAAUGUCACUCAUAUGCCUUCCGUCCUGUCUCAGAGCCGGCCGCGUGUGUUGCUGGACCGAUGCCGUCACUACUUUGACGGCGACAGCAUCCAGCCCCUCUGUGAGGAGACCAAGCAGUCCCUCCGGCAGCUGCUGGUGCAGUGGAAGAGCAGCGGCCUCGACGGCGUCGCCUUCGGCUACCGGCCGCUGACCCACGGCCAGCAAAUAGAGCUGCUCCGCGCUCUGCACGAGCAGAACAUAUUCGCCGUCGAGAUGCACCCCAACCCCGUGACCCUCCCCCACGCACACGCACACCCCGCGCAUUUCGCCGACCCCUCCCCCUCCGUCACUGCCCCUCUGCUCACAUAUUCACCCAUUGCCGCUGCACACACAACACCCGACCUGGCGGCCCCUCCCCCGGUGGCCCAAGAGUCCCCAUAUACGUCGGUGUGGUAUGCGGCUGAGUGCUUCCCGGGUGCGAAGGACGCGCUGGCCAUCACCAGGAUGGGGGCACUCGGGAGACUGGGAAGGGGAGGGCACCAACAGCACCAGCACCAUCCCCAGCAGCAUCAGCACGGGCCGGCACUCGCCCCGCCACGCACGCCCCACUCACUCCGCAAGUCGCCGUCAAACGCGGAUUUCGUCUCGCCUGAUCGACAAUCGGCCAACACGGGUGCAUUUCAGCACCACCAGCCUGACAACUGGGGGGAGGGGGGAAAGGGCGACUUGUGCACUGCAGCACCGAGCUACGUCAACACGAGCUUGACGAUGAGUCCAGUGGGGUUUGUGGGUGGUGGCGGAGUGGUGGCGGGUGGCGCACAGCCUGUGAUGGCGCUGUAUGGCGCGGGUCAGAUGCUGAAGGCGUUGCUGCAUGAGCAGAUCUUCCUGGGCAUGGCAGCGCUGCGCAUGCAGACCAGCAGGGAGGUGUCCUCACUCAUACAGGACUUCCACCAGGUAACGUAGGUAACGAACACGGUAGAAUACGCCCGCCACGCCAUCCACGCGAGUCGUGCUGCUGUGUCGCGACUGCAGGCGGGGAUUAGGUUUGUGUACUUUUCUCGUGAGGGCGAGAAGCGGACGCGCAUCACCGGAGGGCAGCUUGGCCUGGAGACCGGCUGGAACUGCAUGAUAUCGCUCACGCGCACAUUCGGGUACGGUGCGCACACGACAUCACACCACACACACAACAACAACCUCCUUUGUGUGUGUGUGUGUGUUUGUGUGUGAUCAGUGAGAGGAAGAACCAGGACGGCAAGGUGAUCCUGCCGUCGGGCAUAGAGGACAUCCGCCGGCACGUCCUCGAAACCGACAACGUGCCCCUGCUGAUGUCACUCUUCUGCAACGGCAAUGCUGAGAACAUACAGCAGAUGAUCGGCAUUCUGCAGGCCAGUCCCCUCCCGUCCCCCACAGACAGACAGACAGACAGACAGGCUCGGCUCACAGGCGGCCUAUACAUACGUGCCUGCGUGUGUAUUCGUGUUGGUUGCAGGAGCACGGCGAGGUGGUGACGUGCAUCGGUUCGGCCCUGCGGCCGAGCAACUUCGGUCUGUUCGGGCAGGCCAACUGCAGCGUGUCGGUGCUGGUGGGCCCCCACCCCAUCUGCCGCUCCUGCCACGGCAAGAGGUGGGUCGGGCCCCUGCACCAACACGUGCUGCCGCGAAUCCCAUCCGAGUACGUCCUGUCGGCUUCGCUCACGUCGCUGCCCUGCGCACUGCAGUCGCACCACACCUACAUCGGUCAGGAGGGAGGGAGCCAGCACUGGCAGGGCAGGGCGGCUGUGGACGUGGUUUGGUUGUGGUUGUGCGUAUUCUGCGUGUGUGUGUGUGUGUGUGUUUAGGAGGUGAGACGCAUUUGAUUCUGGAGCUGCUGCUGAAUGCGUUCAAGGAGGCGAGGAGAUGCGUCGAUUCCAUUCAGCAGGUAGGUCUGCAGGCCGAUCCCUCACGCUCUUUGCCGUGAGGGCAUUGUGUGGUGUGUGUGCGCGCGCGCGCGUGUGUGUGGUGGACAGGCGAUCGUUUUCUACGUCGGUGGAGCGGCUUUGCUGUCGUGCAUCCUCCUGCUGCAGUCGCUGCUGGGGCUGCCCGGCAUCCUCCAUGUAAGCACGACGCUCCAUAUAUCCCGUCUCGGUCAUCCUUCCAUUGGAUCGGAUCCAUCCUGCGUGUCGAUUGGCAUGACGCUGUCUAUUUGCAGGGUGUGCAGCUGAUGGUGAUUCUGCUGAUCUACCUACCGCUGCUCUCCACAUGCCUCCUCGCAAACCCUGUAAGGGCCCACAUGGCAAGAAGCCUCUGGACAAAUCGUUCUCUCUCUCUCUCUCUCUCUGUGUGUGUGUGUGUGGUUGCUGCUUGCUUCGCCUUAGGCGACAGAGAUGAUAAUGCAGGAGUUCCCCUUGAAGGCCGUCGACCAGAAGGCCCAUGCCAAGACCAACGUGCUCAUCCUCCACUACUGCCUGCGCUUCUGCCCCUCUGCCCUGGCCGUCGCCGCGCUAUUCCUCCUCUUCCUCCACCAGAACUUCCACCGAUCUGUCAAAGGCAUCACCGUCGACACAAUCGACAAACAGGCCAUCGUCCACCCACUGGUCAGCCUGACGAACAACGAUGGCAGAGUGGACGAGGCGCUGGGGGUGGUCGGGGCGCUCUGUGAGGGCUUCCAGUGGCACCACUGGCUCACAGGUGCUGAUGAGAGGGAGGGAGGGGACAGCACACACACAGGGGGCGGAUGGCUGAAUGGAAUGCGUUGCCCUCUUAUGUGUGGAUGGGAUGGCUGCAGGUGAGUGGGGCGGGUGCUACGCGGCCUUGGAGGAGCUCGGUGAGCUCAUCCGCGACAUUGCCGUGUCGGUGCCUGCCGCCCUGGCCGUGGAUCUGGAGGAGUGGCUCGAGUACUGGCCGCCCAUUCAGCUGCACUUGGCCCAGCUGUUCGCCGCCCUCGCCACCACUCUGUUCAUCACCCUCCUGGCCCUCUCGUUCGUCGACCGCUUUGAGAGUCUGCUGAAGCGCGGUCCCUUCCGCAAUGUGCCGCUGGUCGUGACGGCCUCGGUGCUGCUGGUGGUGCAGGUGGCGGCCUCGCUGAUCGUGCUGGCGGUGCAGCACACGUCGGCCACCAAGAGGUCUCAGGGGCCGUCGUGGGUGCUGUGGGUGGUGUUUGCGUGUUGGCCUGCGGUGGUGCUGGCCAUCGAUGAGACCAUCAAGACGGUCGACAGGCGGCAGCACCAGAAGCUGCAGAAGUACCUGAGGAUCGUCUUCAACACACGGCUGGGCAUGUGGAGCCCAAAGUAGAUAGACAGAUAAGCGUGUGUGUGUGAGUGUGGUGGGCGCGUGGUGGUGUGUGCAGACGGUGGAGGGUGGGCUCCUUAGUCAGGGUGUCGCCGUAUCUAUCUGUCUUUAUUCGAUGAGAUGAAUGAUGACAAGACAAGGAAGACAUCAG